AUGAGUGGAUCUGUGACUACUGACCAAGUUGGCCAUGCUUUAAGACUCAGUGUUCCGCUCACUUUCUAUCUGGCUGCACUGGUGAUUGGUGUGCUGAUGUCAACCUUGGAGUGGCUGUGUGUGUCUGAAGCCAUUCAGCUUCGAGGGACCAUUGACAAGACUGCAUCUGCAGAAGGUGGUGAGCUGGAGAACUCACUUGAUCUCAGGUCUCUCGCUUCUCAAACUUCAUUGGCUCCCAGUAAUUUGCAUUUAGAAGAAAAUCUUCCAAACAUACACAUAAAACAGGAAUGGUCACAUCUCCUUUCUGAGAACGAAGGAGUUUCUAGUCAUUCUGAGGUUGGAGAUACCAACAGUCUGCCUUCAGAAUCCGAGUCACUGAACAGCAACUUCUCUAGUUCUUAUUCAUCGUAUUUCUUCAAUAACGAUUCAAGUUCCACGUCGGGCUUUGUGUCAAGUGGGAGUCUUCGUCACGCGGCCAAGUUACAGCCAGGCAAUGCAAAGAAACGAUCGGUUUCGAUAUCACCACUUUCAGCUGAAGGGUUGGACAUCACAGCAAUCAUUCGCACCUCUCCAACAUCGCUUAUUGCAUGUGUCAAUGGAAUGAGGGGCAGUCCCAAUGGUCUGUUCCCUCUCUCUGGAGGAAUUGGUCAUUUGGGAGCUCGAAAGACCUGCAGUCCGCAGUCCUGCUCUGUGUUAGACAGCCAGUGCAACUUGCCAUCCUCUGCAUCCUCUUUCCCAACGCGCAGUGCUGAGCAAGAGAGUACUGAAGCUGAGCCUAUCCCUAUGCAGCAACCUGAGGACAACAUGGAUCUCGGUCUGGUAAUCGGCAACAUGGUUGUUCAACAUGGAGUGGCGGAUGGUUGCCAUAAAAUAAACUUUUUCAAGCAUGAACCUGUUGAUGAGUAUACACAUGAUACAAAACUGUUUCAACAACACCAUGGGCCACCUCCCCCAUACCAUUCCCAGCAGCAUUUUGGUCAGUCCCAUGGGACCAUGCACCACUUGCAUGGGCUGCCAGCCAAUGGACACCUUCAGAUUGAUGAAGAAAGUGAGUUGCCCAAGAACAAUGGGAGGCAGAUCUGCCGAUGGAUAGACUGUAACGCAGUCUAUGACCAGCAAGAGGAGUUGGUGAGACACAUUGAAAAAGUGCAUAUUGAUCAGCGUAAAGGAGAAGACUUUACUUGUUUCUGGGCUGGGUGCGUGAGGCGGUACAGACCCUUUAAUGCUCGCUACAAGCUUCUGAUACAUAUGAGAGUUCAUUCAGGAGAGAAGCCUAACAAGUGCAUGUUCGAAGGCUGUAAUAAGGCAUUUUCUCGACUAGAAAAUCUCAAAAUCCACCUGCGGAGCCACACAGGGGAGAAGCCUUACCUUUGCCAACAUACUGGCUGCCAGAAGGCUUUCAGCAACUCCAGCGAUCGUGCCAAACACCAACGAACGCACCUGGACACGAAACCAUAUGCUUGUCAGAUCCCAGGGUGCACAAAGCGCUACACUGAUCCAAGCUCACUGAGGAAGCAUGUCAAGGCACACUCUGCCAAACAGCAACAGGUGCGUAAGAAGCUACGUUCGGGCAAUGAACUUGAAACAGAAAUGAUGAAUGAUUGCCUGGCUAAUCAGCCUCUUCAACCUUUGACUUCGCCGCCUAAUUUAACAAACAACACAGCUGGAAGAUCUAUGACAGUCAAUCAUGAGAUAUAUCCAGGGAUGUACAAUUGCUCUCCCACCAGCAGUGGACCAGCAGCAACUGCUUUAUCAUCUCCUCAGCUUACCCGAAGUUCUUCAUCGCUUUACCCUUCCAUCGAAGGGGACCUGCACAGCCCACAUGGUCAUCUUCCACAACUGACUACAGUGGAGAACACCAGACAAGGGGCCAAACCAGUUGUACUUCCUUUUUCUUCUCUGGUCAGUCCAAGGAAAAUGUUAGCUCCAUCGCUGCUGCAGAGGCAUGGUCCUCACUCACCUCAGCCAUCCAACAACCAACUCAGUGGAGGGGACCACAAGUACAACUCAGUCUUCCCAAGCCAGCUGAUGCAACCCUUCCAAGCAGGUUACCAAGGAAGCUUUCACACCAUGCAAAAUACCUUCCAGUAUGGUGAUUCAUUUCGAACAAUGGAGCAAACAACUAUUCACAAUUCCCAUCCAGCAGAUGAUUCUCACUGUCCUGGUGCAGCUCGGCAAAAUGGCUACCAUUCACUCAUUGCACAUGCCAGUCUAUCAGGUUUUGAUAUUGUCCCGGAAGUUCAAGGUACAUUUGGAGAAACAUUGCGAAAUGAGUUAGAAGACAAUGGACUCUUCCAGGUCAACACCAUUGACCGUUUUGUAAGUCAGUUGUCCUCUGUCUACACAGAGACCUGA